AUGAGCGAAGAGUCCCGGAAAAUGAUGUUGAAAAGCAGUGGCGCGAUGAAGUCGGCAACGGGAGAGGUAAUCGACGCUAGACAUGUAAAAUUGGUGGCUACAAUUGAGGCUCAAGGAUAUCAAGGAACUCUCUGCCCGACCAAUUCCUCUCUCGGCAAUCCUUUCAUUCACACAUUCCCGAAAGCGCUCACCCUCCGUGAUGAGAAGAAAGAU